AUGAUAACGUUAAAAAGAAGGGCGUUGGGAGGCGAGAUUGCCCAGGGAGGGCGCGUCAGAGCGCAGCAGGGAGGUGAAUUUCGUGGCUUUACCUUCGGUAUCGGUUAUCCCGGCGGCGCAGGCCGGAUCAGGUUGGAGGCAGCUGCUGGAGGGGAAGGUGGAAGAUUUUGCAAAGGCGUCGCCGGGGGGCUAGAUUUUGCACUGCCAGGGGAGCACCAGUGGAUCGGUGGUGGCCAAUGCGUUUCGUUGCUCUUUGCAUUGGGGGACGUAGCCCGCUUGCACCCUCUUGGCGAUUGCAGAGGAGGAGAGGCAUCCAAAUGGGCCAGGGACUUGGGAUGCCCCUGGGAACUCCUGGGUGUCAGAUUCGCGAAAGGACGGCGCUCUACUUCACUUGCAGAAUGUAGAAGCAGACAAUCUUCUGCUGUUAGCCAUUCUGCUAAACCUAAUCCUUCAGCAUCUCCAUCCACGGCCCCUGAGAGUGGAGCAGCCAAUGGAUACAAGACAGGGUUCACUCAGACAGGUCUACUCUCUCUGCGUGCCGGUGAUGCUAAUACUAGAAACAGCGAUGGAGGGCGAACGGGUGUCAUGAGCUCUACGAUCUCUUGGCCUGUUCCUCACUCAGUGUCUCCUGGCCCUAGCUGCAUGUCUGGGGAACAAGCAUCCAUGACCAGUUCUGGGCCCCCCAAAAAACGACACCGGGGAUGGUCUCUUGGAUCACCGGUCCCUCCUCCUGGCUUGGUUGUGCCUGUACCUGCUAUUCGGCCUCUUCCGAGAACAGAACCUGUUUUGUCAGUGCCGGUUCCUCAAUCAAUGUUACCUGGUAUUUUACAGCCUCAACCAAUCCCUGCAGGAGAAACAGUAAUAGUUCCUGAAAAUCUGCUGCAUAACUCAGGAGUCAGACCAGUGAUUCUGAUAGGUUAUGGCACUUUACCAUAUUUCUAUGGGAAUGUUGGGGACAUUGUAGUGAGUCCCUUACUAGUCAAUUGCUACAAAAUCCCUCAGCUGGAAAACAAGGAUUUGGAUCUUUUCGGUUUGACGGGGAGUCAAUUACUAAGUGUGGAAAACAUGAUCAUUUUAACAAUACAGUAUCUUGUCCGAUUAGGUUCUGAUAAGAUACCUCUCAGGGAAGAAUUUGAACAAAUCAUGCUGAAAGCUAUACAGGAAUUCACUGUGAGAGAGCAGUCCUUACAAAUGAGCGCUCAGUACAUCUCGUUGUCACCAGCACAACUCCCAUGGCUUGCCAGGUUAAUCGCCAGUGUCUCUCAGGACAUGGUGCAUGUGGUGGUUACUCAGAAUUCGCUUGCUGAAGGUAUUUCAGAAACACUGCGAUCUUUGAGUGAAAUGAAACAUCAGCAGAAGCUUCCAGAUUAUGUGGUGGCCAUCUGCACAUCAAAGAUCAGAGGAAACGAGUUCUGCGUAGUAGUGUUAGGUCAAUAUCAGUCUCGGGCACUGGCUGAAAGCAUGCUUACUACCAGUGAGUUUUUAAAAGAAAUCAGUUAUGAACUCAUUACAGGAAAAGUCAGCUUCCUGGCAUCGCAUUUCAAAAACACAUCUUUGGGUGAUGAAUUGGACAAGUUGCUGGAGACAAUGCAACAAAGAAGAGGAGAUAAUGUUGUAAUUCCAUUCAAUGGUGAUGUUAAUGAAUGUAUUUCAUCUCAAGAAGCAGCUGACAUGGUUUCCACUCAAGAACUGGAUUUGGAUACUGAAACCUUCCAGAUUUACCAGCCACAGCUCACAGUUGCCAGAAAGCUCUUGUCACAGAUCUGUGCUAUAGCAGAUAGUGGCAACCAGAGCCUGGAUCUGGGCCACUUCAGCAAAGUGGAUUUCAUUGUUGUGGUUCCUCGUUCAGAGGUGCUGGUUCAACAAACCAUUCAACGAAUUCGACAAUCAGGUGUUCUUGUAGACUUGGGCCUUGAAGAAAAUGGAGCAGCUUACCAAAGAGCUGAAAAAUACGUGGUGCGGCUAGACAAUGAGAUUCAAACCAAGUUUGAAGUUUUCAUGAGGCGGGUGAAGCAGAAUCCAUAUACUCUCUUUGUGCUUGUUCAUGACAACGCUCACGUGGAUUUGACAAGUGCGAUCUCAAGCUCCUUAUCCCAUGGGGAGCCCAGCUAUGGACUUGCUGACAGAGUUAUUAAUUGUAGAGAGGUCCUUGAAGCUUUCAACCUUCUUGUCCUUCAAGUGAGUUCUUUUCCAUACGCUCUUCAAACUCAGCAAUCUAGAAUCGGCUCUUCCAAUGAGGUACACUGGAUACAGUUUAGCAACAUGGAGGACUUAGGCCGAGAUGAGAAGCUGUAUUUUGGCUUGAAUGAAUAUGGCAAAUCUCUGCAGUGGGGAAUCACAAGCCCUCUUCUGAGAUGUGAUGAAACCUUUGAAAAAAUGGUGCAUACGCUAUUAGAGAGGUACCCCAGGCUGCACAGCAUGGUGAUUCGCUGCUAUCUGCUUAUUCAGCAGUAUUUGGAAGCCUUGAUGGCUCUCACUACUGUGGCCUCCCUAAGAGACCACAGCACACCUGAAACCCUCAGCAUAAUGGAUGACAUCAUCACUUCACCUGGCAAGAAUAAGAGUGGACGUGGCCACAUGCUCGUCAUCAGGAUUCCCUCAGUGCAGUUGGCAAUGCUGGCCAAAGAGAGGCUGCAAGAAGCUCGAGAUAAACUUGGGCUACAGUAUCGUUUUGAGAUCAUCCUGGGCAACCCAGCUUCAGAACUGAUUGUUGCCAAGCACUUUGUGAAACGACUGAAGGCAUGGAGAGGGAAUGAUCAGGAGGAUUGGUUUCCUCAUACUUACCAGGAUUUAGAAGGUCUGCCUUGUAUUGUGGUUUUAACUGGCAAGGACCCACUUGGGGAAACCUUUCCCAGGUCCUUGAAAUAUUGUGAUCUUCGCUUGAUUGACUCAAGCUAUUUAACUCGUACUGCUUUAGAGCAAGAAGUGGGUCUAGCAUGCUGCUAUGUUUCAAAGGAGGCAAUCCGAGGGCCCAUUUUGGCACUUGACCUAAGUGAGAAAGAUCAAGAAAAGGCCACUGUUGUUGAAAAUGAUGCUGAUGAGCUGUUGAUUGACCUGGAGAGACCCCAAAGUAACAGCAGUGCUGUGACCGGAACCUCAGGUUCUAUAGCUGAAAAUGGUGUGAGCUCCUCCAGCGCCACAGACAAGUCUCAGAAGCCUCCAGUAUCCCUUAACUUCCAGAAUGUGGUCAACAGCUUAGUCGAUGAAGGGUUCACUGCUGGUGAGACCGUGAAGCAGGAAUGCGACUCUCUUGGCAACCAAAUAGCAAGCAGUACGACUUCUAAAUUGUCGACAUCAUCCUUCUCCAUCAGCCAGACAUUCCGGUGGCCUGGCCAGUCUAUAAAAGAGUGCAAGGGUUUGCAUGUAGCUUUACCUCGGGUAGUGAUCUUAUCGAAAGCUGCCUAUUGCCUCCUUGGUUCACAGAAAAGUGGGCAGCAGCCUUCUUCCUCUUCUCUCCUGCCUCAUGCUGAUGUGUCUUGGACAAGCUCUUUGAGACCUUUGCUGCAGAAGGACAUGACCAGUGAAGAGCAAUCUUUGUACUACAGGCAGUGGACUGCAGCUCGACAACACCAUGCAGACUACAACAAUCAGACUGACACUGCCAGUGGGAGGAACUUUCACCCACGACGGCUACUUCUGACAGGACCUCCCCAGGUGGGAAAAACUGGCUCUUACUUGCAAUUUUUGCGAAUACUUUUUCGCAUGCUGAUCAGGUUACUGGAGGUGGAUGUAUAUGAUGAAGAAGCCAUUAAUACCAAUUAUACUGAGGACAAUGAAAUUGCACAGUCCAGCACUGAUCAGUGGCCUGAUGUUGAAAUCAUCAGUAAAACUGCUUUUGACCUCAGCAUACAUGAUCCAAAGUAUGUGUUCAUGAGCCAUGUGUUUACGGAGCAGUUGCAAAGAGUUAAACAAGAGCCAAACAAAGGAACCAAAGCUGAUGAAUCCAGAAAAAGGAAUACAGUGUCUAUGAUGUUGACUAAGUAUGCAGCUUACAACACAUUUCAUCACUGUGAACAAUGCCAUCAGUACAUGGAUAUAAAUCCUUCAGUCCAGAUGUCUGACUCCACACUACAUGCAUUUACAUUCUCGUCGUCAAUGUUAGGAGAAGAGAUUCAGCUUCAUUUUAUAAUCCCCAAAUCCAAAGAGAACUAUUUUGUCUUCAGCAAGCAGGGCAAGCAUCUGGAAAGCAUGCGUCUUCCUCUUGUAUCUGAUAAGAAUGCAAAUGCAGUAAAAAGUCCUAUUUUCACUCCUUCAAGUGGACGUCAUGAACAUGGCCUCUUGAAUCUGUAUCAUGCUAUGGAAGGUGUCAACCAUCUCCAUCUCCUAGUGGUGAAGGAAUAUGAAAUGCCCCUUUAUCGCAAGUAUUGGCCCAACCAUAUCAUGCUGGUUUUGCCAGGCAUGUUCAACAAUGCUGGAGUUGGUGCUGCAAGAUUCCUUAUUAAGGAGCUUUCUUACCAUAAUUUGGAAUUGGAGAGAAAUCGACUAGAAGAGCUAGGAGUCAAGCGUCAGUGUGUCUGGCCAUUCAUUGUUGUUAUGGACGACUCUUGUGUUUUAUGGAACAGUCAUAGUGUACAAGAACAAUCCAGUCAGUCCAUGGAUCAAGGAACAACCAGUAAAAAUGUGUCUCUGAAGAGUGUCCUGCAGCACAUUGAAGCCACACCAAAAAUUGUCCACUAUGCAAUUCUAGGCAUUCAGAAGUGGAACAGCAAAUUGAAUUCCAGGCCACCAAAAGCUUCUUUCUCCAGAUGCCACAUCCAUGACUUCAUUUUGCUCAAUGUAGAUCUGACUCAAAAUGUGCAAUAUGAUCUAAACAGGUAUUUCUGUGAAGAUGUAGAUUUUAAUCUGAGGACGAACAGCAGUGGACUGCUUAUCUGUUGCUUUAACAACUUCAGUCUCAUGAAGAAACACAUCCAAGUUGGAGGGCAAAAGGAUUUUGCUGUUAAGCCUAAAAUAAUGGUGUCAGAGAGCUUGACUCCAGUAAUUCCUCUUCAAUAUGUUUGUGCUCCAGACAGUGAGCACACACUCUUGGCAGUUCCUGCUCAGUUCCUCUUAGAGAAGUUCCUUCAACAUGCCACAUAUAAGCUUUUCCCAAAAGCCAUUCAUAACUUUAAGAACCCCGUCCUCGCUGUUGACUGCUACCUGAACAUUGGGCCAGAGGUCGCUCUCUGCUACAUCAGUUCACGACCACAUUCUGUUAACGUCAACUGUGAAGGGGUAUUUUUUAGUGGACUUCUCCUAUACCUUUGUGACUCCUUUGUAGGUGCAGACUUUCUUAAGAAGUUCAAAUUCCUGAAAGGUGCAACCCUGUGUGUAAUUUGCCAAGACAGGAGUUCUUUGCGUCAAACUAUAGUCCGUUUGGAGCUGGAAGAUGAAUGGCAAUUUCGCCUUAGAGAUGAAUUUCAAACUGCUAACAGCAGUGACGAUAAACCACUCUAUUUUCUUACUGGACGCCAUAUAUAAGGAAACAAAAUGGCAAAAGAAGAGAGAAGAGCCUGACCAAGUUUUAUCGAGUCGUUUUCCUUAUUUCUUUUAAAGUACAAUCACUGUGGAGCAAAGUGCAACCAAUAUGAGUCUUCACUACAUUAAGGAUCUCCCAAAAUUCUAAUGCCAUCUUUACAUGUAUUUCUGUUCUUAUGUGAUUGAAAGAACAAACUGAUUCAAGUUAAUUCCUAAUGGGGCACUGUUACAGAAGCUAACACAGAGGUCGUGACCCAUGGUGUGGAGAACAACAUUUUGGCAGAUGAUGAACUCUCCUGGUCUCUUUGUACUAUGCUAAACAGGAGAAAAAUGACAUUUGGCAUCAAUCAGCUUGAAUGUGUUACAUGAAAUUCACAUUGAGCAUGUGGAAUUAUUUGAAGAUAAUAUGCUGAGGAAUGCUGUCCAUUUCUCUUCAUAUCUGUACUUUUGGUACGGUGUAACUCAGGGGUUUGAAAUGACAAACAUAGAUGUUUGUGUUUAAAAGAGUAAUCUUUGUUCACUUUCUGUUCAGUGUUAGUUUGAGGUUUGUAAUUUUAUAUAUAUUGACACUGUUUUGGCAAAAUUUCCACAGAAGAUAAAAAAAAGUUUACUACAUAAGCCUGAACAAAUGAAUGAAUAUUUGGCAGGCACCGUGCACACAUGCAGGUUUGUUGACAAAUGCUUAUUUCACCCACUUGGGUUUCAAUUAUUGGCCUGAAUCCACAGAUUCACAUAUUCAGAUAAUCCACAUUUGGGAGGAAAGCAUUGUUGAACUUUAGUUUCUCUCAGUGAGAGAGAUCAAUUUUCCCCUUUUUGUUACAGAUAUGAAAUUGAAUUCCACAACAAACUGAACACCAUACAGAUAUCUGUUUCUGUACAUGGAUCAACCUGCCUAAAUAUGCAUAAUCUCCUCAGUGUAUUUACAUUUCACCAAAAUUAUUCCAGCCCUUAGUACUAGCAGAGAUGUCUUAAAGUUAUCGGUCUUCUUAGGUGGUUUUAUAGAGGAGAAAUUUUCUGAAUUCUUUUUGCAGUGUGUACCUUUCAUUUGCAUCAACAUUCUCUGUUUCUCAGAACAGAUAAUGUUGUUUUGAAAUUGAUGGAGCAGCUCCUAUCUCAUGGGAAAAAAUGGACUACAGUUCAAAUCAAGCCUGAAGCAAUGACAGUUAAAAAUCGUUGGAAAUCAAUUCUGUGUGAAUUGUUGGCCCUUUUAAGUGCUAGUGCUCAAUCCAUUUGAAAAUAGCUCAGCACCUCUGGAUGGAAAUGUUUACUGGGCUCAGUAGGUUUUUGCUUUUUCCAUCUUCUACCCAUUGCCACCAACAUGUUCUUAUGGGCGUUUAUAGACAACGUGGCAUUGGAGGGAAUGGUCUGGAGCACAAGUAAAUUGCAUUGUAUACAGAGGUAACACUCAAUGGUCAUGUCAAAAUCAUACAGAGACCCCUUGCAGUGCCAUCUUACAAGACCUGCACAUGUUUGCAUGGGUGCAAGUGUGGGGGAAUGGACAAAACAUUGAUCUCAGUGAGACUCUUUUGCAUGUAAGCAGCAUGCUUAUGUUCCACCAAGUCAAGGGCUUGAAUUUUAUUUGCAUCAUAGAAAUACAAGUAGGUAACCUGCAAGGACUUACUUACUCAUUUCCCCCUUUAAAAUGCUCCCACUAUUUCCUCCAUCUCUCCCUCAGCAGCCCCCAAAGCAUCUGCCUUAUUUCUGCUUCUUUCCCUUCCACCCAUUUACCUGCUCUUCCAUUGUUAGUGUGCCCUUCUUCUCUCCCCGUGACAGCCUCUCCCUUGGAAAAUGUCUGGCCAACUUUUUGGUAGUGAGUUUUCCUCCAUUAGGGGACAUGAUAGGGAAGGGAACAGGGUAUUAUCCAGAGCUAUUUUUGCUUCCCAAUCCAGACUCUCCCAGCUUUGCUUUACAGAAACCAAAGCUUGGGAGGCUAGAAAAUAUUGUGUGGUUGCUUAGUAACUCCCAAAAUGGCCACUGAUAUCUCAGAACCUAGUUUCAGUAGACAUUUUUUCUUAAAGUUAGGGGUGGGGUUUUUUUUUCUUCUAAUAUUUUGGGGUGUACUAAUCUAAGUACAAUCAGGCCUUCAUACUACAGUUGAUAUUUAGGUUGUGUGCACUCGCUUCGUACCACCUGCUAUUGAUCAGAUCUUUCCAGCUUCCCUUAUGUUUAUCCUAUUCUUUAUUAAUAGUUCUUCCUUACAUUACGUACACACUAUUUUGUUCUUCUACAAAUAUUUAAAGUGUACAGGCUGUUUCAAAAGAGGAAAGUUGUUAUUCAUCCAGUCUAUUGCAUUUAUUAUGAUCUACACAUAAAUUGUAUGCCUGCAACUUAAGCACCUGCCAAAACUGCAUUUUAGAACAAAGUGUUAAUCAUGCAACUGUUUUAGUUUCUGAAAGAGCUGUUUACAAAUAAUGAGAAACAUAAUAUAUUGAUUGAAGUUGAAAAGGAAAAUAAUGAUUUUCAUACCUGUUGGUUUAAUUAUAGCUUAAGUAUAAUGCUGUAAAUGUAGCAUAUUUCAAAUGAACAAUUGUUUACUUUAAUGUAGGUUAUUCGGGUUUUUUGGUGCCCGUACAGAAUCUGCCUUAUACUUUAAAGAAUACCUUAAUUUUUAUUUGGUAGAAGCUUUUGAAAGAGCUGCAGUUAGGAGUGAUAAGGCAUUGGUGUUCACUGUGCAGCCUACAAGAUGCAUGAUGAAUACCGGUGUUCCAGGGAUAACUAGGGUUUUUUUUCUGAUUGAUACCUGCAUUAACAUGAUUUUAAUCUGUGAAAGUUUCCAAAGAAUUGCCAUUUUAUUGCAGAUAUAAAGCUUUCAAAAUCUUGUAUAUUUGAUGUUUGCACUAAGUUCUUAAAAUUUCAGGUGCUGAGACUUACAGACCCUUGGCAAAAAG